UAUCCCCAAUCUGGAUAGGGACUGGGGAGGGAAGAAUUGGGAAGAACCAGAAGACAUGGCAUUCCUUCUCAUAGCAAGCGACUUGGAGAUUUGUCUUGGUUACUGCCUUAAGAUUUCAUACUAUAUAAAGUAAUGUCCAAUUUCUAGUUCAGAUUUUUUCUCAAAAUAAGCCGAUAAAUUGAGUAUUUAACUUGGGUGAUUUUGCAAGAACUGCCAGUGCUGCCAGUUGCAUAGGAAGGUAUCUGUUAGAUUUUUCAAUCAGUACAGGUAGUUCUGAACUCCUCUGGGCACCUGAAACUUGCGAGGCAUUUCGGUGCUUUUGCGAAGAGCCCACUAAACCCUAAUCCUCUAAACUUCUGACUCGAAAAUUAAAGUCUCUUUCCCCUGUGAAGGUAAUAGCGCAACGGUGGAGUGUUGCGUUCUUCAUUGUUGUGCGUAGUAAUGUAACUGGAUGUGUACCGGUAUUCCAGGUGAAUAUCAUUAGAAUUCUAUGAAGUUGGCGGAUUGGAGGUUUGAGUUUGUUUCGUUCCAAUUUGGCCUGCUCAGUAUCUGCAGUGUAAGAGUUAGGGUUUAGUAGCAUUGAGUUAUUACUGUGAAUUCGUUCUUACAUAUAAUUCUAAUCUUUUUCGCCGACUUCAAAGGAUAUUCCGAAGCACUUUGGUUGGCGAAGGAUCGUGACACAGAUUGUAACACAGAUCUGUUCUUAUUAAGAAGCUCAUCUCUGCGUCUCACUACAUGCUCGUUUCUGAGGAGAGCUCGUCCAUAAGCAUAGAAACUGCCAGUGAUGUGGGAGCUCUGAUAAGUUUCAAAAUCAAUUAGGCAUUUUGCUUGGCUGUUUCUAAAUCAACAGAGGGGCAAAAGUUCAUAAUUGUAGGAUUAGGAGGGCAAUUGUGUAGAAUGAGAAGCGGCAACCAACUGAACCCUUUGUUGCGGACGCUUGGUCGGCUAUGUUUGAAUGGUGGCACAUACUCUACGUCUCAGGAGGUUCUUUUAACGGCGUCCAUUCAAGCUGAGGAUUGUAUUAGGAGAGAUGUACACAGAACUCCAUACCUGCAGUCUGAAAUUAAACAGAAUACCAACAGCGGAUUUGGAAUACGUGAAUCAAAGUUUAGGGCUACCAAUGUCUCGCAUCUUGUUAACUCUGCAUCAUGUCUGGAUUUUGUUCGAGGCAGCUCUGCUCUAUUGUCGACUUCGACUAAGGGCAGUGCCUUAAGACCACCAGACGCUGAAGAACUGCAGAGGAUUCCAUUUAGAAGAAAAGGAGGUGACAAAUUCGCUCGAUCAAGAACAAAUUAUGUGAUAGCUGCUCUUGUGAAGUCGUUGGAGUCCUCUCAAUCAAAUGCUGAAGUGGUGGAGAUACUGGAACAGAAAGCUGAGGAGGUCUUACGGCCCAAUGGUUUGGCAUGGCUGUCUCUCUUAGACGCACUUCAGAAAGGACCUAAACCUCAUAUUGCAAUGGAGGUUUUCAACUGGAAAAAAAGCAAGUUGAGAUGGGAGGUAAAUCCAAAGGAGUAUGCGAAAAUGAUUUCGUUUGCAGGCAGGAUCAAUCAACCUCAACUAGCGGCGGACUUGUUUGAUGAGAUGGAGAAACGAGGCAUAAAGAAGACAGCGGUUAGCUAUAAUGCACUCAUUCACUCCUACGGUCGCAACAACGAACCACAGAAGGCACUUCAGCUGUUCGAGUAUAUGAAAGUCACUGUCGAUUGCCAGCCUACUCUAGUGACCUACAAUACAUUAAUUUCAAUGUACAGUCGAAUGGGUGCAACGGAAGAGAUGAAGAAAAUAUUUUUGGAUUGUACGGAAGCGGAGUUUGUUCCUGACAGACACACUUACAAUGCCCUUAUCUGGGGUUACAUGCGAGCUGGACAACUGAAUGAGAUGGAAGUAACUUUCAAUGAGUUGCAGGCUAAAAAAUUUAACGCUGACGUGAUCACUUAUAAUGCUCUGAUUAUUGGUUAUGCUCGAGCAAAUGCAGUUGACAAAAUGGAGGUCGUGUUGUCAAGCAUGCAGGCAGUUGGAAUUCCAAUUAAUACCAUGGUUGGUGAGAUACUCAUUGAAGUCUAUAGUCGCAUGAAGAACUUUGAUAAGAUGGAGGGCGCAUUGAAGAUCAUAGCUGAUACCCCAGGUAUUCAAUUUGGUUCCCGGGUACACAGCAUGGUAAUCGAGAGUUAUGCAGAUGCUGGCAAGCUGGAUGAAGCGGAAGCUGCAAUCAAGCGCAUGUUUCAGAGCAAGCGAGUGCUUGCUUCUUCCAAGGCAUUACAUGCUUUAAUUAUGGCUUACUCCAGAGCAGGCACAUACGACCGCCUUGCAAAGACCAUGGAAGUAGUGAAGGACGCAGGCUGGAUGCUCCAGCCAGCUACGUACAACAUCCUUAUUUCAGAGUAUGGAAAGGUGGGUUACCUCGAUAAGAUGGAGCAAGCAUUUCGUGAAAUGAUGAAUGCGUCUGUUAAGCCUUCCUUCGAAACUUUCCAAUAUAUGAUAAAUGCUUAUGAGGCAGCCGAUAAUGAGACCCAAGUGGACAGGAUCCUCGAUCUUAUGCGCAAGGCAGGCUGUGAACCUAAGUCUAAUGCUGUGUGGACUGAUGACAAAGUCUUCAGUGAGAAAGUCCGGUGGUAGUAUGUUGUAGAUUUGCACCUCUUGCUGCUAGACCAGUGAAGCUAGUCAGUGCCGCCUUCAAGGUGCGUUGGUCAGAUACUAAAAUCUUCUGUAUUUAACUGAAGCUGAUGCAGAUUCAACUUGUCUAUACACAUCAUUCACAAUACUGACAAGCUCAAUUCCACAAAUAUGGUUUAUAGCUCACUAUGUACAAAUAUUGUUUGUUCAUCUUUUCCAAUGUAUUUCUACAACAUUUAAUUUAAAAACUUAUUUGUUGAGCUUU